UCUCCUCCUCCUUCCCUCAGCCAUUCUCGCCCUGGCAGGCUCGCGCGCCGUCUCCUCCGCUUGCCGCCGGCCACCGCCUCCGCCCCUGCCCCAUUGAUCCGCGCGCGGGAGGGGAGGGAGCCUCCGACCCGCGAACGCCGGCCACGGCAGGGGAAGCGUCCUGAGGCUGCUGCCGUGCCAACAAAGGUAGGCGCAACAGAAAUGGGUGUUCCUUGCGCGUGACCAUGCAUUCCAGGCUGCUCAAGAGGCUCGCCAAGAGGAUCAUGUGAGCAGUCGUGCGCCCGUCGAAAUGUGGGAGAUGGAUGCGUUGGGCUACUGCGUGCUCGUCGUGCUGGCACUCCAUUGUGUCGUCGGUGGCUGCUCGGCAAUCAACCUUGAAGGCUCGGUGCUGCUCAAGUUCAGUUCGAGGGUCGAGGAGGAUCCACUUGGCGCCAUGGCAGGUUGGAGCCUGCAGGAUGGCGAUCCUUGCAGUUGGAACGGCGUCCGCUGCGCGGAUGGCAGGGUUGUGAUGCUGAACCUGAAGGAUCUCUCAUUAAGAGGAACUCUGGGUCCAGAAUUAGGAAGUCUUAGUCAUUUGACAGCUCUUGUAUUAUCCAACAACAUGUUCAGUGGACCGAUACCUAAGGAGAUUGGCGGUCUUGCAAUGCUGGAGAUUCUUGAUUUAAGCAAUAACAACUUGACUGGGGAAGUUCCACAGGAGAUAGCAGAAAUGCCAUCACUUAAGCAUUUAUUGCUUUCCAACAAUAGAUUUCAAUGGCCUAUGAUCCAAAAUCCAUAUGGAAACUUUGAUCAGGAAACUGAUUUUGACAUCUAUGAUCAUUCCGGGAGGGGUAAUAUGAAUCAGAGAGCUGAUGAUGGGUUCGGGUCUGGUUCUUCAACAGAAGAGAACAAAAAAGACACAAGCAAUCUCUCUGCUCGUCUUCCUUCGCAAUUUGCAGCAAGAAACCCAGCUGCUCAGCUUAGCCGGCGCAAACUACUUCAGGAUAGCAAUCUUGCUGCUGCGCCUUCUUCUGCAAAUGCUCCUGUUCCAGCUGCUGUUCCUGUUCCUUCUACUGGAAGUGGCUCAUUUUCAGCAUUUAUUCCCAACAAUGCACCUCCACCAGCUGUGAAAACUCCAAUUAGUCCACCCAUUCACUCUGACACUCCUUCAGAAGCAGUGUCAAAACCAAGAUCUAAAAAGUGGUUGUAUGCAAUUGUGAUUCCAUUGAUUGCUCUAUUGAUUAUUGGCAUCACAUGCAUGCUUUGUCUAUGCCGCAACAAGUCGGUAGCGACAAUAGGUCCAUGGAAAACUGGACUCAGUGGCCAGCUACAAAAGGCAUUUGUGACAGGAGUACCCAAGUUGCAACGGUCAGAGCUGGAAGGCGCUUGUGAGGACUUCAGUAACAUCGUGGCAAGCUACCCACACUACACUGUCUACAAGGGAACCUUAUCAAGUGGCGUAGAGAUAGCAGUUGUAUCGACUGUUCUUGCAUCCAGCAAAGAUUGGUCAAAGCAUUCCGAGGGGAUAUUCAGGAAAAAGAUAGACUCGCUCUCACGAAUUAAUCAUAAGAACUUCAUCAACCUGCUUGGAUACUGUGAGGAGGAGGAGCCUUUCAUGAGGAUGAUGGUGUUAGAAUAUGCACCCAAUGGAACACUCUAUGAGCAUCUCCAUGUUGAGGGAUUUGAUCAUAUCGAUUGGAAUGGUAGGAUGAGAGUAAUUAUGGGAGUAGCAUACUGUAUCCAACACAUGCAUGAGCUCAACCCUUCUAUAACACACCCUGGUCUACAGUCAAGUGCCAUAUUGUUAUCUGAGGAUGGAGCUGCAAAGAUAGCAGACACGAGUGUUUGGCAAGAAGUAAUAUCCAAAGAAAAGAUGCCCAAGAAUGAUGAUGUCAGCGAGCACCAUGAGCCAAUGCCUGCUGACCCAGCUGGGAAUGUAAGCAGUUUUGGUCUACUCAUGUUGGAAAUCAUCUCAGGAAAGCCUCCAUAUUCUGAAGACAAAGGCUCUCUUGUGAACUUGGCUUUGGAGUGCAUAAAAGAUGACCGAAGUAUAUCUUGUUUGCUUGAUCCUACCUUGAAGGCUCACAAAGAAAACGAUCUAGAAAUCAUCUGUGAGCUGAUUCAGGAUUGCAUCCAAAGCGAUCCAAAAAGGAGACCAAGUAUGAGAGAGGUCGUCACUAAACUACGAGAAGUGCUAGCGAUUUCACCGGAGGCUGCAACGCCGAGAUUGUCUCCGCUUUGGUGGGCAGAGCUCGAGAUACUUUCAGUUGAAGCAACCUAGGAAGAAACAUGUCCAUAUGGUAUGGUUCUUGCAGCAACACUGAGGUUAUGUGUAUACUGUCUUGCAAACUUGUACAUCUUUGUUGUGAGUAUCUGCUUUUCUGGCGAUUUUCAGUGUCUGCCUGUGUUACCUUCUCCUCCUCCCGCAAAUUUAAAAUUUCCGGGUUGUUUUCUUAUUUCUUCUUGACUUUUCUCUCUAUACUGAACGUACAUGGUGUGGUUGUAGAAUGAUCCAGGUCUUCUUAGAGUUGAUUGUAAUCAGGAGAUGUGUGAUUGUGUAAUGUACCAUGGGGUUUUACGGAAAUAUUCUUUCAUUUUUUUUAAAGGGACAACAAUCAGUAUGGAGGGCGUUGAUAGCUUCUUAAAACGCUGUCCACCUUGUUACAAUGGCACUUUUGUCCUCAUUUUUUCCA